UGACAGAUGGCAAGAUUGAAUGAAGGGCUGUCAUUAUUUGAUGCAAUACUGAUUGUUCCAAUGUUUCAAAUUACUUGGACCUUCUUCUCUAUUUGUAUAGGAUUUGUUUACUUUCAAGAAUAUCAAGUAUUUGAUACACUCAGGAUAAUUAUGUUUGUGUUAGGCAUGACAUUUGUCUUUGUUGGGAUCUCCUUGCUAGCACCCGAUGACAGUAAAGCUGAUACGAAAGAUGGUUCAAGCACCGCCGAGGACUCCAUAAUUGACAUAGACAGAAAUGGAAAGAUGCUGAUGGAGGAGACAGACAUAGAUGAUAGCAUCUCCUUUGUUACUUCUGUAAAAGUAAAUGCAAAACGUGUACUUUCAAAGGCAAAGUCCGCAUGCUCCAUGUCCCUUGGCCUUGGGGAGAGCACCAUAAGCGCUUCAUCGAUGCUUGCCAUGCCUAUGGUCUCGUCAAGAACAACCGGCUUCAGAGGAAUCGAAAACGACCGUCCAAAGUAUGUCCCUUUAAGAACCACUGAUUGGAGUAACCUAUAGCUGAUGGUAAUAUAUAGGUACACAGGAAAGGUCUUUGUUUUUUAUGUUGCCUAGCGGAUGGCAGUGAAAUUUUUUUGUUGCUUCCAGAGGCGCAACUGUUUGUUGUGAUCGUAGCUAGCUAUAACACGAGUGUAUAGUUCACCGUUGUACCCUUCAAAACACUGUCCAUACCUAGCUGCAUAUACAUGUGUAAGUUUUAGAAUACAAC